CAAUUCGGAAGACGAGACUAGCAUGAGGAGCUAGGCGAGCCGUGGGCGAGGACGUGGCGCGAGACUGUCCCGCUCUCGCUGUUGCAUCCUGACUUCGGUUGGUCCUCGGCCCGGCAGGCUCCUUGGAGCUGCGUACCUUGAAGCCCGUGCACCAGCGUCACGCAUUCAACACUGGUAAGGCGAAUCGUGGGCCCGUAAGAGAGACACACACCGCGACGGGUCAACACGGCUUCGAACACCGGGUCCGAGUGACCGGUCGCAAGAACCAACGGCACCGAGGCAAUCCCUGGCUGCCCGGCAGCCCCUAAUCGCGUCGACGAUUCCGAAAAGGAACGUGCUCGGACGGUUUGUUAUUUACAACGGCGCUCUAUUUGUUUCGCUGACCGGCCAUCUUAUUUUGGUGUCGCGGCGGGUCUACGCACGCGCUGACGCGCGCUCUGCAGCGGACUUGGAAAAGCGUGUUCCGAAAUCAGGCACCUGGAAUGCAAUAUACUGCAUAUCAAGAUCUACACGUUAGUAACAGUGAUGUAACAACUAUCGGGUCCAUACAAAUGUUGUAGUGCAUCCUAGUGCGUACAAUUGAUCAAUCCGUGGCAUAUAACGAAUGUAAGAAUAUUGUACCAUAAUAUAAAAAAAAAUUGUGAGUUAGGGAUAAGAGUCGAUAAAGUAACAGACUGUUUUACUGUGAAAGGAAAAGCGUGCCGCCUUGACAUGAACUCGAGAAGUUCAUAUAUUGUAGAAUGGGCAAAUGAAUCUAAUUUGCAGGAGGUUCUAUCAUUUCUGCAUGAAAAUUUUGACAAGGAGGAGGUCGUGCUGACAAGCAUGAGAAACGAUGAUCCAACCGAAAAUGAAGAGUCUAUGUGGACAGACCACGAGAAGAUCAUCAAGGCGAUCUUCACUUCCUCUCCGUGUUUGAUAGUCAAGCAUGAAUUAACGAAGAGAAUUAUCGCGGUGAACCAGAUGAUUGUCAGUAGAAAUCCAAGGUUCGACACCACAGGCGAUGGAGUCACAGCUGUGUUCGUGAACAAUCCACCUAAAACGAAGUUGAUGGAACGGUACUUCAACUAUCUGUCGGGCAUCGCUAAUAAAGCCAACUUGUAUCAGAAGUUUCCGGACGCUAAGGCUGCUGUAGAGUUCUACGCAGUAGUGGUGGACAAGGAACACCGUGGCAAAGGAUUAGCGAAAACUUUGAUAAAAGAGGGUAUAUCCUUCGCGACAAAUCUGGAGGACGUGGGCUUUAUUUUUGGAAUCUUCACGUCCACCUUCUCGAGUAAGGCUGCUAAGCAACUGGGAUUCUGGAGUGUCAUGCAGGUAGAUCUGCUGAAGGAGACGAACGAAACGGGGAGACUUAUUUUCCAGGACACUCCACCUCAUAACAUUAUAUCUGUUCUGGUUUUAAGUGUAUAGAUUUUCAAAUAAAAUGAUUCGCUGUUUCAGGAAA